AUGAGUCAUCACAAGAAGCCCAUCAAAGCCACCGUCCCAAAAGCCCAUCUCUACAUUUCCGAUGGCUACUUAUCAUCCGACAACAGUAUUCCGAUUCCUCCUAAAGACGAACCAGCACGACCACCCUCCAGGCAGAUCCUACACCAUCCAUUCACCUCUCAGAUCAAUCUCAUCCUGAGUAACGCCGAAAAACCUGAAUCGAUCGACGGAUCUGAACCGACAAGAUGUCCGGAGAUCUUGCAGCACUUGUCCGACCUGGGCAAAUACCAACACUUCUCCAACCUCAAUCUCGCCGAUCUCUUGCUCGACGAAUUCGUCCAGACCUAUUUUCGAUCAGGCAGCUUGGUCGCAAUCUCACUCCCAAAAUUCACCGGGGACGACCUCUUCGCAAUUGAUGGUUACGUUGUAGAGAUCGAUAUGCGAGAUCGGGCGAUGCGAUCUGGAAAAGCACUGUAUGAGCGGACGAAGAGGUGUCUAGAUAAAUUCCCUGGAGACGUUUUUAACGACCUUUUGGGCCCCAAGCACGAAACUAGAGGCCGUCGUUGGGAUGUUGUGAUGGCCUGGGUUGAUGAACAAGGCAGCUUACAGCCCAUUAACAGCUCCCUUCUCUCCCCUACAACAACAUGUAAAACAUGUGUUCCGGAGAUAAACUGUCUGGAGAAACUCGUCCCUCAUAUCACCAAGCCAGACACGGUUGAGAGUUACCUGGAUCUAUACGAACAGAUCGGCGAAGCCCUCCUAUCUACGAGUGACAACCAUCCCCAUCCCAAGGGAGGAAUAACGGCCAAUUCGAUCGAAGCCAUUGGAUUUUUUCAUCCGACUAAGCUAGCCGAGUUAACCGAGAAGUUGAUCAAGACAUACCGGAUCGUCAGCAUUACCGGCCACACAGCCCGCUCGGCCCCGUUCUCAUUCUUGACCUUGAAACAGACCAACAGAACCACUCAUCAACCAGUCGAUCCCUCUCCAGCGAAAAAGGCCAAGAAAGUCAAGAAGGGGAAAGGCGCCAUGCUUGGGCCCGAGAGGGCUGUCGAUGCUGGGCCGAGUAGCUGGACAUUUGUUGCGCUCGAGGAAGCAGAAGAGGCCCCUGCUUGCUCCUCUGACCCGUCCACUGUACCCGAUCCAUCCCUUUCCGCUCUGGCAGUCUUGGCGAGCCCGCAGAUCUCAUUGGACGCCUCCACCGAUUUGGUCGUCCGAAAACGGCACAGGCCCGACAAUGAUCCAUCUUCUGAUCUCACCGGUAUCCCCAAACGACCUUGGAUUAUGUUCGAGUCUGUCGGGGCUCUUGACACACAUUGCUAA